UUAUGAAUGAGUUCGCCCUGAACGAAAUCGAGGCUCAAAUGUUCUUCCAAAUCUUCGACAAGGACCAAAACGAAGUGUUGAGCCUCUGGGAGUUCCGGCAGUUCAACCAGACAGUCGGUACAAAGUAAGUACUGAAAUGUCUACCAUAAGGGUAGGAAAUUAAAUUUGUUAAAAUAUGUUCACUGUAGGAUUUAUAAUUCAUUGAGCGUGUCAACUACCAACAACUUACAAGUUAUAACUGUACCUUAAAACGUUUUGAAAAGUCCUCAAUUGUUUUGUGUUUGGUCUUCUCAAUGCCGUAUUAGAAAAUAAGCUCAUGGUGCAACGUCUUGCAUGCUUUCCAUUGCUUGCCACCCCUUGGAUAAUUUGAUAGUUAUAUGGGAGUUUCGGCAAUUCUUUUAGAAGUUUGAAAUGAAAAGAGAACUUUAUUGUCUACUAUACCUAUUGAUAUUUAUGCGUGUCUUUGAAGGUGGUUCAUUAGAUGGUAAGAACUUAUGAUGUUUUCCUUAAGAUCUAAAUUAUUAAUGAAACAAAGUUCUUUCAGCACUUUGCCUUUUCUUUGUCUAAGGUGGACACUGAAGGGCCUCAGAAAUGUUCGUUAACUUUGUUUGAAACUUUGAAGUUAGAAUUAACUGGACUGUGAUUAAAAAAUUUGGCUUAAGUGUUACCGUCUUGCUGACCACAAGCAACUGGAUGUCUGCAGUAAAGAAGAGAGGUUUUUUAAAACGCAUUUACAUAACCCAGAUUUGACUCUCUCCAAAGAAUUUAACCAUUUAUUUUGACAUUCCUUCCAUUUCCCCCAUCCAAUCCAACAGCCUUACUUGUUACCCUAAGGGCCCAUGAAAUGCCUUCCAUCUCCCCAUUAAGUCUAACCAUCUUACUUGUUACACUCAGGGCUCAUGAAAUGCCUUCCAUCUCCCCAUUAAUUCUACCACCUUACUUGUUACCCUCAGGGCCCAUGAAAUGCCUUCCAUCUCUCCAUUAACUCUACCACCUUACUUGUUACCCUCAGGGCCCAUGAAAUGCCUUCCAUCUCCCCAUUAACUCUACCACCUUACUUGUUACCCUCAGGGCUCAUGAAAUGCCUUCCAUCUCCCCAUUAACUCUACCGCCUUACUUGUUACCCUCAGGGCUCAUGAAAUGCCUUCCAUCUCCCCAUUAACUCUACCACCUUACUUGUUACCCUCAGGGCCCAUGAAAUGCCUUCCAUCUCCCCAUUAACUCUACCACCUUACUUGUUACCCUCAGGGCCCAUGAAAUGCCUUCCAUCUCCCCAUUAACUCUACCACCUUACUUGUUACCCUCAGGGCCCAUGAAAUGCCUUCCAUCUCCCCAUUAACUCUACCACCUUACUUGUUACCCUCAGGGCCCAUGAAAUGCCUUCCAUCUCCCCAUUAACUCUACCACCUUACUUGCUACCCUCAGGGCCCAUGAAAUGAUUCAACUUUUUCACAAACUGAAGGAGCCUGCCACCGGGUAUGUGGACAUUGGGAAAACCUUCGACGCACUGACACACGUGGACAGUGGGAAGGGCAAGCUGACCGAGGACGAGAUAGUCACGUUUCUUCAGACGACAGCAGGGGACUCAAAGACCAUCGACCUGCAUACAUUUCUAAACAUGAUGAGCAGAAUCAAGAUUUACACGGGCGGACUUUAAGAAUAGCGAAACAACAAAAUUAAUUAACAUACGGGUAAACAUACAAUUUACGGUAGAAUGGUUUGAAAACAUAGUCGCAAUUUUUACGACAUUUCCUCAUCCCAUCGGUAGUGAGAUAUGAUCGAGUGAAUGGAAAUUUUGAAUGGAGGCUUUUAUAUUUUUAAGUAAAUAUAAUUUCGUGGAGAAAAAGGAAAAAACAAAUAAUUAUGACGUGAAUGUAAGACAUAAUUAGAAUUGAAAAGU